AUGAGCAACAGGGCACUUCGAAGAUUGCAGAAACAGGAGCUUGAGACGACGUCCGACGAUGAGCCCGAAUAUGUGCCGCGGCGGGCGGCGAAUGCAUUUGCGCUGCUAGGCGACGAGAGCGACGGAGGUGAGAGCGAAGAGCAGGAACCGGAUAGAGAACAGUAUAUAGAACAGGCACCUGAACCAAAGCCCCAGCCCGCCAAGAGAGGAAAGAAGUCAAGGAAAAAGAAGUCGCCGCCGCCUGAGGACGAUGACAUUGAUGCAAUUCUUGCACAGCUCCAGAUCGACACUCAGACCACUGAUCAGGACAAGCCUUUUGACAGCUUCGACGGUCCAUACGAGAAUUUGGCCGAUGGUGCAUCCGAAUUGACCGCAGCGCGGCUCCAAAGUGCCCUUCCACUGCUCCAGUUCGAUCCGCGCGAUCUGGACCCCGAUAGAGAGUUUGAGGCCGUUUUCGGCAAACUUUCGUCAGCGGCCGUCGACGACGCAGACGCCACGCCGUCCAUGUUUGUGAGUCCGGACGUGUUGAAGCAAAUCAAACUGCUGAGCAAGCGGGUGCGUGGCUGGUGCGGCAGAGAUCGCCGCUCGAUCCCGGGAACGUCCCGCAAACUCGUGAUGUGCAAGAUCCGCGACGACUGGAUCCCAACGCCUAAGAAACCGCUCUCGAUGGAAAUGGUGCCUGGCAGUACCCAUGAUUUUUGCGUUGUCGAGACACCAGCCUAUCCACGGGCAAUUACCACACAGUUUUACAUUUACACCGUCAUCCAUCCCGACCAUGAGGCUUUAAUUCACCUGCUCCAGCAGUACCCGUAUCAUCUUGAAACGAUUUUGCAGGUGACAUCGAUUCUCCAACGCCAGGGCGACAAUUCGAACACCAACGGGCUCAUAGAGCGGGCACUUUUUGUUUUUGAUUGGAGUCUGCGAACCAACUUCCAGCUCGGAAGUGGUGACUGUCGCUUGCCAUUUGAGUAUUUCCUCAACAGACAGUGUUAUCUCACAGUGUUCAAAUAUAUCACCGUGCUGACCCAAAAAUCCACCUUUUACACGGCCCUCAACUACUGCAAGUUGCUGCUGUCGCUUGACCCGGCCGGCGACCCUUACGGAGUCAGAUACUUUAUUGAUUUUUACGCCGUGAUGGCCGGCGAAUUCCAGUAUCUGGUAGACCUCUGCAAUAGCUUCCUGGUCAAGACCUAUAGGGAGUGGCUGACUCCGCCACUGGCAUACUCUCUAGCCAUUUGCCAGUACAAAAUAGACCCCACUGCCGCCACAGACGCUCUGUCCAACGCUUACAAUACGUAUCCUUACACAGGUGAGAUGUUGCUCCACAAACUGGCCGCACACAAAGAACCUUCUUCGAGGGUGUCCGAUUACAUCAAGCUGGCUACGGCGGUGUAUUUGACUCGCGUGGAAAUGAUGCUCGAGGAGGCAGAAUGCCGGGGAUGGCUGGUAGCCGAGCUCAAAAAAACUGUCCAAAAGGGCAAAAAGGCCGGUGCGCAGUUUGACAAGAAGGAGAUCCCAGAGAACUUGCUCCGUCACGUGAUCCUAUCAAACGAGACGAGUGCCAUGGCACGCAUUCCUGCGCAGUUCUGGAAAGACCAUGAGAUCUUUGAAUUUGACGUGCUGCCGCCAAAAUCCAGCAAAGGAACCACCAUUUUUGACCACAUCGACCAGGCCCGUGUGAGCAAUGCCAUCAUCCACCAGAGCAUGGAGCAGGAGGAGGAGCGGCAGAUUGCAGAGCUAAUUCGCCGGACCGCAGAGCAGGAAAACUAG